AUGAACAAUACUGAUCCUACUUCAUUUGAAAGUAUAUUGGCUGGUGUGGCCAAAUUGAGAAAGGAAAAGAGUGGUGCAGAUACUACUGGAUCUCAAUCGUUAGAAAUAGAUGCAUCAAAACUCCAGCAGCAGGAACCGCAAACAUCAAGACGCAUAAAUUCAAACCAGGUCAUAAACGCCUUCAAUCAGCAAAAACCGGAAGAAUGGACCGACUCAAAGGCUACAGAUGACUAUAAUCGAAAGAGACCCUUCAGGAGUACUCGACCGGGAAAAACUGUACUAGUGAACACUACCCAAAAAGAAAAUCCACUCCUGAACCACUUAAAGAGCACCAAUUGGAGAUAUGUAUCUUCAACAGGAAUUAAUAUGAUAUACUACGACUAUCUAGUUCGUGGAAGAAGUGUACUGUUCUUAACUUUGACUUAUCACAAAUUAUAUGUCGAUUAUAUCUCUAGGAGAAUGCAGCCCUUAUCUAGAAACGAAAAUAAUAUACUGAUAUUCAUAGUAGACGAUAACAACUCUGAAGAUACCCUUAAUGACAUUACAAAACUAUGUAUGUUCAACGGAUUUACUCUACUUUUAGCAUUUAAUUUUGAACAAGCUGCAAAAUAUAUUGAAUAUUUGAAUUUAUGA